CACCGCCACCGCCGACACCGCCGCCGCCGCCCUCGCCCCUCCCAGCAACCUCAAGCACACGCAAUGGCCCCCACGAAAAAGUCCAAGGCGGCAAAGUCCACCGAGUCCAUCGCCUCCCGUCUCGCCCUCGUCGUCAAGUCGGGCAAGUACUCCCUCGGCUACAAGUCCGCCCUCAAGCAGAUGCGCAGCGGCAAGGCCAAGCUCGUCCUCAUCGCUGGCAACUGCCCGCCCCUCCGCAAGUCCGAGCUCGAGUACUACGCCAUGCUCUCCAAGACCACCGUGCACCACUUCCAGGGCACGAACGUCGCCCUCGGCACCGCCGCCGGCAAGCUCUUCCGGGUUGGUGUCAUGACCGUCUCCGACCCCGGAGACAGUGACCUGCUCGCGGUCGCCGAGGCCCAGGCCGCAUAAAACAUCGCAUAGCUUGAUGCCAGGGUCACGAGUAUAUUAUGACACGCUGUUGUAUGCUCUUAUACUUGCUUUGAUGCACUAUGGAUACUGCCAUGAGUCCGCAAUGAUACACACCGGAUUGAUCUCGUC